UGGUGCGUUAACUUUCAUUUGUCUUCUGAUGGUUGAUCGGGACUACAGUUCGUUCAGCUACAGCAGAGGUUUCGGACCGGAUUGUGCAGUGCUGUAAGCGUGGACGCGCUCUGGCGGCUUCAGCUGGGAAGAAACCACAUAUAAGGAUUUUACCACGGAUUCGAGUGGAAUCAUAAAAUGGACGUAGCGAGGCAGAAGAGUUACGUCAAAUCUUACCGUGAAGGACAGCACACGAAGUACAAACCCUGCGCCGAGACGCCAGUGAUCUCGACGCUGGAAGACCUUAUCAGAGAGCUUUAUGUAGUGUUCGAGUCGGAGACUGUGAACGUUGAGUACGUGCAGCAACUCAUGAGCAUGUACAAGAGCAACCCCGUGGACUGGAGGAGAUACGCAAAGUUCGAUAGAUGCAGGUACACCAGAAAUCUGGUUGAUGAGGGAAAUGGUAAGUUUAACCUGUUGAUUUUGUGCUGGGGUGAGGGCCAUGGUUCUGCAAUCCAUGACCAUGCUGAUGCCCAUUGCUUCAUGAAGGUUCUGCAGGGGUCUCUCAAUGAGGUGCGAUUUGCUUGGCCUGAGAGAAACAGAAUUGCCCGUGAGGAAUGUGUAGACAACCGUGACGACAACAGCAGAGACCAUAAGGUACUGAAGGAAACCUCCAGGGAACAACUACAUCUCAAUGAAGUUACCUACAUUAAUGACUCAAUUGGUCUCCACAGAGUUGAGAAUUUGAGCAAUAUUAACUCUGCUGUCAGCCUGCAUCUUUACUGCCCCCCAUAUAGCAAAUGCAAUAUAUUUAAUGAGCUGACAGGCCAGAGCACAUUAACAAAUGUGACAUUCUGGUCCAAAUAUGGAGAAAAGAGGGACAGGGAUAUACAGUCAUCCCGUGAUCCAGAAGAUAAUUAGCACUGGUUUUCACAAGGAAUCCUAGAAGGAUCCCCAUCCAACAAGAACUGUGCAAACUGGCUGUAUGUUGCAUACAGCAUAUCAUUAGGUAUGAGCUCAUGUGCAAGAUAGGAAACUAUAUCAGUUUUUGGUCAGAAAAUUUUGACCUUACAAGUAUUUCAGCUGGACACAGUUGCAUUAAGCUAAGUGACUACAUUAAUGACCACAGAAUCCAAAUGCAGGAAACAUUAAUUCAAAUAUUCGGGUUAUUAAAAACAAUUGCAUCAAUUAGAAACACUAUCAUAUCUUUUGUGUUAUUAGUUCAUGAUUUUCUUCCUUGGGAUACAAACCAAAAUCUUGUUCAUUUUCUGGUAUGGAAAAUCACAAUAAGAAUCCCACAAAUUCAGUUUAGUGAUAUCUGCGUUUCCUUUUUAACAUUUAUAAAAUUCAUGAAAAUUUAUUGAACCACUUACAUACAUAAGCAAAUACACGCCAUCUAAACAAAAUGACCUGUAAUUUAAUUAACUCACAUUUGUAUGUGUAUCAUGCAUAGUGAAACUAAGUCUGAAUGUCUGUGACAGUGGUGUGUAAAAAUAAAACUGACUAUUACUUUGGAUAUUGUCCACUGCCAUGAGUUUUUUCAAAUAGAACAUUUCAGAAUCUGGAUGUGCUUCUUUAAUAAUGUAUAUGGGUGGAAAUGUUUCUACUCAGUCAGGCCCAUUAGAAAGAGCUAGCCUCUGUCACUGGACAUCAAAAGGAGUCAAUAAGCACAGUGACGACUGACAACACAAAUGCAGUAAGUUUUCAAAGGACUGAAUAUCAAAAUCUUAGUCAAAGAUUUCUAGACUAACAUGGCCAAGUUCCAAACAUGUCUUAUGGCAAACGCGCAAAACUCACACAUUCAUGGAUAUGAAACUUAAAAAAAAGAGGUGACAAUGGGAAAUGAAAUCCCCCCUCCUCCCUGCAAAAAAGGAAAACGAUAUAAAAGUAUGGCAUAAACAAAGACUGAUAAAAGUAUUUGUACAAUGAAAUGUACUUUGAUUUAUCUGAUGUUACAUAAGACACAGAACUUGAAACCCAGGCCCAGUGAGAACAAAUCAGACAAUCUGAUAUUCCUUCUUUCAAAACCAGUUCACUACUUUGAAGAAAUAUCUGCAUUAGUAAACGGUAUGAAAUGUACGUCUCCCUUGUUUCUUUCCAUCCUGUCUGUUUAAUGAUCAGGAGAUCACAUAUAAGUUAAUGAAUAAAGAAAUAUAUUUUACACUUUACGAGAUUUACUAUCAUCAGGUGCUAUGGCAAUAAAUAAUAAAGAUGAUGUGUAAUACUGCUAACCUGAAUUUAAUGAUAAGUAGCAAUUAAUAAUAAUCAGUGUUUGUUGCAUGACAAUGAAUUUCUUGCGGCCAUUACAAGGUUAAGGCACCUUCUAAUUGUUUAGUGUUUAUGAAAUAUAAUAAUGUAUGCAAAAGAUUUAUCUAAUACACAUAUAGUUACUACCAUUAUGUAAGAAUUCAUUAAAAAUAUCUUAUAUAACAAGCAAAUUCAUUAUCUCAGUACAGUUUUCCUUAAAAAUAAGUGAUGUGAGGAAUGAGUACUUUACCUAGUAUGUAUCUGUCAACAAAGAGAGUAAUAAUAAUCAAUGGUCUUCUGGCCAGGCCAGUCAUCCACCCUUCCAUAAGGCACUUCUAGAUGGAAUGAAGGUCAACAUUACAAAUGUUAUGAGAUGGUGUUUAGAAAACUCAAAAUAUUUAUAUAGUGAAUGUGUGAUUAAAAGCUGGUGUAUUUC